AUGAGCGGGGCAGGGUCUGCGGGCACGGCCGGGGGGCUGCGGGUUGACGGGCUGCCACCGCUACCCAAAAGCCUGAGCGGGCUGCUGCACUCGGCGGCGGGCGGCGCGGCGGGCGGCUGGCGACACCUGGAGCGGCUGUACGCGCAGAAGUCGCGCAUCCAGGACGAGCUGAGUCGAGGGGGCGCGGGCGGCGGCGGGGCGCGGGCUGCGGGGACCCGGACCAAGCCCCCCAACCUGGACGCCGCGCUGGCGCUGUUGCGUAAGGAGAUGGUUGGCCUGCGACAGCUGGACAUGUCCUUGCUCUGCCAACUGUACAGCCUCUAUGAGUCCAUUCAGGAGUACAAGGGAGCGUGCCAGGCAGCCUCCAGCCUGGACUGCACCUAUGCUCUGGAGAACGGCUUCUUCGAUGACGACGAGGACUUCCAGGAGCAGGGCUCGCUCCGAGAAGGCCAGGGUCGAGGCCCUCCCCGGGACUUGUCACUGCCUGUGAGCCACCUCUCCAGCAGCGACUGGAUUCUGGAGUCUAUCUAGUACCCCUGGAGCCCAUCGACACAGACAGACCGGCAGCAUCUGUUUCUCUUCUUGCAAGAAAGCAGUCAGCCUCUCCAUGGUGGACAGUUCAUGGGCACGUGGGGACUGGUGCCUCCAGUCUAACUUGUGGAUAUGAGUUUGUUGACAAGCGGGACAGCCUGCUCAGUUGGCUGCAGGGUUUUCCCGGUGACCUAGAGGCCUGUUAGCAUGUCCCUGGCACCCUGAGUGGCACCUGCUGGAGGCUGUGACAGAAGGGUUCCAUGUGGAAAGCCUUCAUGGGCCUUCUGGGGAAGCUUGCUCUCAGCCAGCUUCUUUGUAGGUGGCAGGCGUGUUGUACCCCCUUUGUUUAAGAAUGCCGCGCUGGCGUGUGAGAUGUGAAAACCAUUUCCCUGCCCAGAGCCCCCAAGGCGGUCUUCAUCUUUUCUUGCUGUUACUGAGCUGUUAGCCUCUUUGCUCAGAUUUCUUUGAAAGUUGCAUCGCUGACUCGUGUGAGCUUCCUAGGAGGAGGAAAUAUUCUGCCACUCUGGUCAGCCACUUUUCUGCAACUACCAAAAUUGACAUCUGGCAAAGGCAGAGGGGCAAAAAAUGAACGAAUACACACUGAACGGAGAGAGAGAAUACCCGGGACACCGUGAGUGACUGUUGACGGCUCCAGACUGUAAACUGCCGUGUUGGAAAGCAGUCCUUCCAAGCCUUAAUCUAUUUAUUAAAACUCUUUCACGAGA